AUGAAACCUUCAAAGCUUGCUAUUCACUUGAAUAAGUGCCAUCCUGAUCUCCAAACAAAAGAUACUGAUUUUUUCAAAAGAAAAUUUGAAUCACUGAAGAGAUGCAAAUUGGAUAAAACUGGGAUUAUUUACCAAACUCAACAGAAUAUAGUAGAAGCAUCCUAUAAGGUUUCAUAUAUAAUAGCACAGAACAAAAAAGCUCACACAUUGGCUGAAGAAGUUAUACUUCCAUGUACAAAAGAAAUCGUUAGAUUAUUAUUUGGAGAAGAAGCUGCAAAGAAGGUAGAUAAUAUAUCUUUAUCAAAUACUACAGUCAAACGAAGGCUAAUGGAUAUUUCAUCAAACAUUAAAGAAAAUGUUAUUAAUGAAAUUAAAGAAUCCCCAUAUUUUUCUAUUCAGUUGGAUGAGUCCACAGAUGUAAGUUCAAUGGCACAACUAAUUGUAUAUUGUAGGUAUAUUCACAAUAACAAAUUUAAAGAAGAAUUUUUGUUUUCUUCUUGCCUUGAAACGACAACAAAAGCAGCUAAUAUUAUGGAAAUUUUAAAACAGUUUUUCAAUGACAAUCAAUUACAAUGGAAAUAUUUGUUUGGAAUUACUACUGAUGGAGCUCCUGCCAUGAUGGGUUGUAAGUCUGGAUUACUGACUAGGGUGAAAGAGGUUGCUCCAAAUGUAGUUGGUGUACACUGUUUUAUUCAUAGACAGGCUUUGGCAACCAAAACUUUACCAGGUAGUUUGAAAACUGUAUUUAAUCAAUUAGUCAAGUUGGUCAAUUAUAUAAAAUCUUCUGCUCUUAACACUCGCCUUUUUACAAAAUUUUGCUCUGACCUAAAUGCUGAACACAAUAAGUUAUUGUUUUAUACUUCUGUGCGAUGGCUAUCUGCUGGAAAUUUUUUGGAAAGAUUUUUCAUGCUUAGAAAUGAAGUGAAAGAAUUUUUAUGUCAAAUGAAAAGUGGACUGGUAGAAUAUUUUGAAUUUGAUAAUUUUGAAAUAACAACUGCUUAUCUUGUGGACAUCGUAGGUCAUUUUAACAAGUUAAAUUUGCAACUUCAAGGCAAAAAUGCUAAUGUUAUUAGACAUUCAGAUAAACUGAAGGCAUUUAUUGAAAAGCUCAAACUGUACAAGACUAGAAUUAAUAAUGGAAACUUGAUCAUGUUUCAAAAUUUAAAUAACAUAAUUGGAGUUAACAUGCUUCCUGAAGUUAUAAAGACAGAAAUAGUUUGUCACCUAGAUAAUUUGAUUACUGAAUUUGGUAACUAUUUUCCAGAUAUGAAUCUUUUGAGCAGUGAAGUUAUUAUAUCACCAUUUUCUUGUGAUGUGAAAAAUGUGAAAGAGGAAGCACAAGAAGAGUUUAUAGAGUUAAAGAAUGAUACCACGGCUAAGGAUCACUUCAAAGUAGCACCAUUAAAUAACUUCUGGUUGAAAAUGAGGAAUUCAUAUCCAUUGUGUUCAUCAAUUGCACUUAAAGCCCUUAUUCCUUUUUCAACAUCAUAUUUGUGUGAAGCCGGGUUUUCAGCAAUGCUAUCUCUUAAAACAAAAAAAAGAAAUAGACUUGAUAUUGAUGCAGAUAUUAGAUGUGCUCUAUCAAAAACUAAACCAAAUUUUCAGAUAUUAAUUGCUAGUAAGCAGUGUCAGAAUUCACACUGA